UACCUGGUGAAUGGUCUCUUACAAUAAUGUCUAGUGUGUGUCUCGAGUAAUUAAACAGACUGAUUCAUUUGGCUGUGUACUAUUUGUUUUGUGGUUCACUUAGACUGCAUAAUUGUCUAUAAUAUUUUUUAACCUGUUGUUAGUGGUAGGCCCGAACAACUUACCUAUAAUUAAGACACCUUUAUAGGACGUUACUAACUAUAUCUGUUACCUGUAUCAUGAGUGGAUUUUUAACAGAUCAGGUGUUAAGAUUACUUGAUGUAUUAUAGAUUUAGAUAAAAGAAAUAUAGGAUGGGGAACUCAGGAUCGAAGAAGACAAAAUUGUCAAAAGAAGAUUUAUACUUCUUGGAGACAAAUACAAAUUUUGAAAAAGCAGAAAUAAAACAGUGGUAUAAAGGAUUUAUGAGGGAUUGCCCGAGUGGCACAUUAUCGAAAGAAAAAUUCAAGGAAGUGUACUCCCAGUUUUUCCCAGGAGGGGAUCCUAAAGAUUUCUGUGAACAUGUGUUUCGAUCAUUCGAUAAGGACCAUAGUGGAUCGAUAGAAUUUAAAGAAUUCCUUUUAGCAAUAAAUAUAACAUCUCAGAAAGGUAAAGCAGAGGAUAAAUUAAAUUGGGCGUUUGAUAUGUAUGAUAUCGAUGGUAAUGGAACGAUAGAUCAUAAAGAAAUGGAGAGCAUCAUUCAGGCUAUUUACAGUAUGUUAGGAGCUGCAUUAGUGGGACAAAGUAUGGAUACUCCUAGCGAAAGAACUGUUAAGAUAUUUGAAAAAAUGGAUUCCAAUGGAGACGGUGUCUUAACGAAGGAAGAAUUUAUACAAGGGUGUUUGAAUGACCAAUGUUUAUAUCAAAUGUUGACAGCAGACGCAUCGAAAGAAUAGGAUUAACGACAGGGAAAUUAGCAGAUCAUCCAUGUUUUUUAAAAAUUGAAUUAUCGAAAUGUUUCUUGUAUAAAUGGUUAACAAAUAAGCCUUGUGUUUGCAGUACGGUAUUUGGAAAUACCGGUACAUGAGAUUUCAAUUCUUGUGUAAAGGGAAGCAACUCUAGUUUUGGAUUCAGGUUCGAAGGGAAGUAACUCCAGUUUUUGUUUCAAGAUUACUUACCAGUGUAUCUCUGAAUUUUAAUUGUGUUCAUUCAUAUUAUUCAUUGCUGUUAAAAGAGCAGUGUACGUUUUAUCUAAAAUAUUUUUUUUUUAAAUUUUGGAACAGAUUUAAAUAUUUUUGAAUCUGAUAAGGCAGAUUACCAAGGUUUCCCGAGAUGUUUUUGUGUUUGGGAUUACAGUAUUUAACAUCAAAAGAAGGGGAUCAACUGGAUUAUAGAAUAAAAAAACUGUUAUUUAAUGGGAUUCAUCAAGACUUACGCCAAUAAAAAAUAAUAACUUCUAGUUACAAUAAAUUUCAAGGGAGACAAAUCUUGCAGGAAUGUUAAUGUUUUAAAGUGAUCCAAGGAAAGAGAGAUAUUCCAGCUUUGCAAAAAAACAUCCAGGAUUGAAACCUUCCAAUGUGAUGGAGGUUGUUUUUUGUUUUUUUACAUCCAAGGAAAGAUAAAAUGUUCCAACAUCAGAGUUUUCCUGAAAAACCAUCGAACCAGAUGUAAAUCUGGGUGCAAAUGUAUUUAUAAGAUGCUACCAUCCGUAUUCCAUGGAAAAAGUUUUUGGGUGAUUUUAAUUGGAGAUAUAUUUCUAAAAGUGUUUGAAUUUAUGUGGAGAUUUUAAUAGGAAACAUAAUUUUUGAACAUAGUUGUUUUAGAUGCGGAGUAUAACUUUGGAUGUAUAAGAAAAAAAUGUAACGGCUUUUAUAAACUUUUCUGGGGUUUUUUUUGUUUUUUUUUUUUCAGUUGAGCAAUAUUUGUAUUUUAAUUCAUUUUUGAAAAACUUGACCAGCACAUGACAAUGUUUCUACACGUAUGAUGUUAUUAGAUGCCACAAAAAAUUCUGCUUUUGAAUGAAGAUCUCUUUUCAAAACCCAGUAAAACACAAUGCAGAUCUUUUUUAUGUUCUGUACAGAAAUUUAAAGAUGCAUUAUGUAAGAGCUAAAUCUGCCUUUUGCAAAUCUUUCUUUUGGCCUCAAAUGUUAUAUAAAUUAUUACUUAAACAUAUUUUCACAUGACAAGUGCAUAAUCAACAGCGCCCUAGACUAUCGAAUGGUUGAAACACGGUCGCCAUUUAAUUUAAAAAUGGAUAAUCAAGACUUUGUUUAUUAUCGUAACAACGGUAGCAAUAAAAAUCAAAACUACCACAUUUUUUGAAACAGUCAUAACUUUGCUCAAAAUGAAGUAAUUUUAUUGAAAUUUUCAAUAUAUUCCUUUUUGUUAUCUAUUUUAAACUAUUAUAGUGGGAAUUGUCAGCUCUUUAUCUAAAUCUUACAUAAUGCAUCUUUAAUAAUAUGUAACAAUAUUUGUAAAGGAACAAGUGAAUAUUGUUUUAAAAUAAUGAAUAAUAUGAUUUUAUAGAAAAAAUUGCCAAUUUACCGCACCAUAAUCAAUCCUAUGGUUUGUUUUGGUUUUAGAAAAGCAUUUUUUAAACACAGAUUCUUCUAUUUUCAAUUAAAUUGUGUAGAAAUUUUAUCGGUUAUUUUAAGUUUGUAAAUAAUCACUUUAUAAAAGUCUUUUUCAAUGAUAUAUAAAAGGCAUGCUUGAUUUGAAAGUUGGUAGUUUAUUUUGUGUAUAUGAAUCCUGAAGUUGAUAAGGCUUUUUAUUUUUAACUUUUUCAAUUAGCAUAAUAUUUGAACUUUAUGGUUAUUCACAAGUGUAUUAAUACCAAAUAUGGUGUUCUGUAGUUUCUUUUUUAUUUAACUUGGGGUAGAAUGUAAUGAACAGUUUAGCAUACAGAACUUCUUUGAACCAAGAACUGGUUCCAUACACUUAUGAGUAUUGUUCUUGGAACGAAACUCUUCAAGUACUUGUUCCAUGCACUUGGGAAUCUUGUUCUCAGGGCGAUACUCUUCAAGAGCCUAUGGCUCUGCCAAUUCGAGCGCAAUUCACAUGGAACAUAGCAUAGUUUUUCUUUGGACAGCUUUGCAUUGAAUGACGAACAUAAAUGUUUUAUAUGGCGAAAUAACAAUUCCAAGAUGGCUGGUUCCUGGUUCAUUGUACUGUGCUUAUUAAGGAUGUGAAAGUCACAAAUAUUUAAUCGAAAAUGAACAAGUGUGUCUUUAUUGAAUUAACAGAAGACUUUUAAUUAUUGCCAGUUAGUUAUAAAUGUGCAUCAACAGCCAAAAACAUUUUGUCACAAGGUUAAAAACUAGGGCUUUUGUUUGAGACUUAUUUACCAGUCAGUCUGGCUGGAAAACUUACCUCUCGGGUCAAUUUACAAACAUUGAAUUUAGAUUUUUGAUAGAAUUUGAUUUUAAAAUAUAAUAAAUAACGUUAAAAUUAUACUUUGUAUGUGUGAAAAAAUUAAAAUAUAUGAAAAGAUUGGGAUUAUGGUAAAAAAAAAAAUUGUCAUAUUCUUGCUAAUCCGAGGUAAAUUAAAUACAUGGAAAAUUCACAGCUCUAACAAUAUUUUAACGUGGUAGCCGUCGUAUAUACACAUCUGAAGUUAUAGCCCUCAUUAUACACAUCUGAAGUGCAAAAAUGUCAUACUUGUGCGGAAUAUGUCACCUGGUCACCAGGUGUAUUGAAUGACCUACAACUAAUCUCUUAAGCCGCAAUGAGCGGGAUACUGCUUUUUUUUUUCCUUUAAAAAUUUGAGGCCUUUAUAGCCAUUCGAAAUCUUGUAAUAAUGAUGUUUUUGCUGAUUAUUGUUGUGUAUGUACAUAUAUAUAUAUGCUGUUUGCAAGCAGGUUAUAAAUAUAUAUCCACAUAUAACUAAAUAUAUUUAAUAUAUUACUAUAUAUAUACAUGUUUAUAUGCGUUGUUUGAUCAAAUAAACAACCAGAUGUUUCUUAUUUUGCAAAGUUUAAUAUCCUACAUACUGUGUAAUAUGUAGAAUUAAAAACGGAUCAUCAUCUGAUCCCAUAUUGUACAUUUUUUUUUAUCUUUUAGCAUUUUAUUCAAUUUCACGAACAUUAGUUUGAUAUUUACCACACAAAUCUCAAACUUUUGCAUAUUUAAAUCGCCAUAGAGAUUUUGCAUCUUCAGCACAAUUCAGCCAUUCACAAAUAGCUGCUUUGCCAAUCUGCAGGACAUAUACAUGUAUUUGGCUUGUCUUCGGGUAGAUUUUGCUAAAAUUUUGUCUGAAUCUUGCAUAGUUGUUAAUUGCCAUAGCGAUCAAUAUACACACAUGCACGUUGUAAAUGAUACCAAGUUCUCAUACGUGUGUGUUUUGUUUGAAUAUGAUGAAACUUAAACAUUAAAUAGGUUAGACUGAGUAUAUCUGUGACAGGGACAAAGCCCAGCCUAACCGGAGCGGGGCCCUGGGCCUGACUAGAAUCGUGGAGCUCCUAACGCAACAAAAAGAUUAUUUCAUAUCCUUUUGAAUGGCACGCAUGUAAUACAAGAAUAAUUACAUAAUAUCUGAUCACACCCGAAAUCUAUUCAGUUCCGAAUGGCAUACAAUGUGCGGAAAUGACAUAUAACGGCAGGGAACUGUUGUAACAAGUCAAAUUGAAUGGAACUUCACAGAGAAGGUUGCGGAAUACUUCAGUCUCUGCCAUCGCGCCGCUAGAUCGAUUACCAUGAACCUUUCAUCUGGAAUUUGAUUUUUUUUCUGUUUUUUGGCAUGAACCCCGGGGCCCUGGGCCAUGGCCCCUCAGGCCUAAGCUGGGCUUUGGACAGGGACAUCUACUUGACUCGUCUUCAGGUAGAUUUGCUCAAAUUUCGCCUGAAUCUUGCAUAGUUAAAAUUGCUAUACUGAUCUGUCUGAAUAUAAUGAAACUGAAUAUAUCAAUGAGAGGGAUACCAUGGCUCAUGUUUCAAUAGAUUUGCCCGGUCUUGACUGGCUGAGUGUGAAAUUGACUGGUUAAGGAACUCCGCUGUCAGUCAAUUUAAUUGCCAUUAAAUUAGCAUUUCAAGAGUUGAUCCUCAAAGUACAUUAAAAACGGUUAAAUUUGUAGUUCUUGUGUAAAACUACUUAGGGUAAUGCUAAUAUCAUAAUUUUUUCUUAAUAUAUCUUGCUAAUCUGAAGUAAACAAAAUACGUUUAAAAUUAACAAGACCGACAAGAUUUAAAACUGAUAUCUCGUUGUUAUACAUAUCAAUAAAUAAUAUUUGAAAUUUGUCUGUCAGUCAAUAUGUAAAUAUCAUAAGUGUUAUAUAUAACAUUUGUUAAGCAGGCCGUGUAGGCUUUUUGUUUUCAAAUAUUAUAUUAAUAUUUUUUUGAUUUUAUCCCUUUUCUUUAAAAAAAAAUAAAAAAAGAUAGGCCUAUAGUAAUAAUAGUUUGAUCCACUAGUUUUGGGAGGGGGGGGGGCGCAUUUCACAUUUUAAUAAGAGUUCUCAUCUCAACCCUAGCUCUCAUUUCCUAAAUAACUAAAACAAACAAUAAAUAAUCUUAGUUGUACAGUUUUGUCAUUUCUUAAAGUCUGUGAUUGACUGUACGCUGGAUCCCGUUUUUCGUCCCAACUUGUUUGAGCACCUUUCAGUUGGAAAUAUAAGAUCAAUGUCUUAAGAUGUUCAGAAAACUAUUAGAUUGACAAAAGUGCUUUAAAAUUAUGACAAAAAGAUAGUUUUUUUGCCAGAAAAAUGGAAUCCUUGAAGAAAGCUUUCUGUGUGCAGGCUUGUGGCAUUUUAUUAGAUGUUUUGGUGUGCACAAAAGUCAAUAUUUGUGGACAUUUUGUGCACUGAAGGCAACAUUUUGUUGUGCUUUCAAGUCUUUUGACAACAUUUUGUUGUGUACUUACCAGUGUUUGAAGACAUUUGUUGUGCACUGAAGACAAUGUUUUGUUGUGCAUUUGUUGCCAUUUUGUUGUGCUCGGAACUCAAAGUUUUAUCCUGAAAGACAAGUUGUUGUCCACUACAGACAAUGUUUUGUUGUACACUGAAGUAGACAUUUGUUAACAUUUUGUUGUGCUCGGAACUCACAAUGUUUUAUCCUGAAAGACAUGCUGUUGUCCACUAAAGGCAAUGUUUUGUUGUACACUGAAGUAGACAUUUGUUAACAUUUUGUUGUGCUCGGAACUCAAUUUAUUUUCUUGUAUAGAAGUGGCCAUGUUAGAGAUAAACAUGUUUUUGUUGAAGUUGAGUGAUUAGUGAUGUGUUUAUAAUUGAAUCAUAAAGUCAUCAAUACAAGUUAUAUCAGGGUUAUAUGUUUAAUAUUUAUCCUCUUGACAUAUUUAUUUCUCGUUGUCUGAAUUCUCUGUGGAAUGUUUCUUGCUCCAUUAGUCAGCAAGAGGAGAAGCUCAUAAAACAUACAUUAUGCAAGAGCUAAAUCUGCCUAUUGCAGGUCUUUCUUUAGGCCUGAAAUGUUAUCUAAAUUAUUAAUUAGACAUUAAUUAAUUUUUCCAGGCCAUAAUCAACUCUCGAUGGCAUCGGAUUUCUCCGUUAUUAAAUAGAUUAGAAAGGUUCAGCCAUAUUUUGAUUUAAGCUAAAAAUGGAGAACUGAGACUUAGCUUCAAACAACCAGUACGGUGGUUGAAAUUAUUGCACACGUCUUGUCAAACCUUCAAAGGCUAAUAUGUUCGCUCACAAUAGAAUAAUUUGAAUGAAACUUUCAAAUUAUUCAUUUUACAUUAUCUAUUUUUGAACUAUUAUAGCAAGAAUGGCUAGCUCUUUGUCUAAAUCUUACAUAAUGUAUCUUUAAGGGUUGAGAUGAAAUGGGGUUUAAUAUCCUGCUUUUCUGUGCUAGAUGGGAUAAUGAAGAUGGACCUAAGUCAUGCAGUGUGCUGCAAUGGAAAUUUUGCCUGGACAUCGAUUUCCACUGCCAAGGGAUCUUUUAUGUGGUCUAAUGCAGUAUGUCAUUAAGACAAGUGGCUUGAUUUCGAUACCAAGCUUGUGCAUGACAAGGAGUAGAGUUGCCAGCCAACCUAGUGGGAUUUCACCAGUUUUUUCCACUGCUAAGGGCUCCUACACUUAAGCGAAUUAUUGAAAUAAAAGUGUACCAUAUGUAUCUAGUAUGUGCUGAUUGGAUGUUAAACCCCAUUUCUCUGUCUCUCCCAUUCAAAUAGUCCAAUUCCCUUCAUUACUAUUUCCAGUACUGACUUCAAAGCACACCUAUUACUUACAUAUUCCUCUCUAGCCAUUGCUCUACUUAGAGAGAAAAGCUGGGUUUUUGAUGGAGUGUGUCUAUUUCUCUCUUGAGUACCAUUGUUGGAAGUUGUUAUAUCCAGUUUGUUGAAACAAAAUGUGUAACAUGACAGUCUGUCUCUUUGAUCUGGGGUCUUCCCUAAAAUGUCGACUGUUGAUUAAAUGUAUGAAAGAUUGUGAAAAUAUUGUUUGUCAGCUGCAUGAUCCAGCUUGGCAGUUUUUAUAUGUCACUUGUCAAGCUACGGGGGAUGUCAAUCCCUAUAUUUGAUGUUUCGGUGAAUGUAAUUUGUUGUCUUAUAAUGUUUUUCGUUAAGUUUUAUUCCUAAUGUUUAUUGUCAUUCCAAUUGUUUUUAUGGUCAACUCAUCCUUUAUUCGGGUUUUAUUUGUUUUGUGCAAACUCUGAAGGGAGAGGGGUGGUCAAUCAGCAUAUCCCAGUAGACAGAAACACUGCUUUUAGGCAAGUCUCCGCUGUAGCAUUGCUCGACUGACGGGGGGUUGGGGAAGGGGAAGGGAAACCACACUGAAAAACCCUAAGGAACUAUCGCGUCCAACACAGGGAUUGAACACAGGGUCUUACUUACUGAGCCACAGUGGCUCCAAAAAUAGGUGUAAAGAUAGUAAUUAUUGCAAAUUAAGUAGAAUAAGCAUUUGAAAUCUUGUUUUCUUAUUAGGGGUUGAAUGGUUAGUGCGUGCGCACUGCAUCAUAAGGUCUGUCAUUGAGUAAACUAGGGUGGUUUCGAUUCCCAGGUUAUAGGGUCGCCUGUUCAACCUCGUGGAUUUUCUCCGGGUCCUCCAGUUUUCUCCCACUGCUAAAGACCCCUAUAUGUUAGUCCCGAAAUGACCUAGUUUGCAGCGAGUGGACAUUAAACCCCAUUUCUCCUCUCUCUAUUCUUAUUCUUGAUGUGAUUCAAACUCUCUGG